AUGGCGGGAGGUGAGGAAAAGCACCAUGAGGGAAAGGAGCGGCUUUCUGAUUCCAAAGAUCAUCGCGGUGCUAAUCAGGAUAAGGCGACGAUGACUGACGUUGAGAUGGCCGUCGUUGACAGCUCGGAUAUUUUCAAGACUAUUAUCACCUACGUCAUUGUGAAUGGAAGCAAAGACAUUGCAAAAAUCACCUUCGACUUCAUCGCAUCCCCGCCGCAAGUCUAUUUCGACGACGUCGAUGUUCGCGCAAUGGCUGUCGUCAAAGUAUCGGAGAAUGAUUUUCUCAAAGUUUUCGAUUGCUUCCUCAAUGGACAAAAUAUCAAAGGAACCCGCAGCCAAUUGGUUGAGAUCUUCGGAAUCCUCAAGAAUCUUAUCAAGGAGGAAAAAGCCAGAAAAGAGGUCAAGCAAAAAAAAGAACAAAAAGAAGAAGAAGAAGGCGUCCAUGAAUAA